AUUUCAAUUUACAGAGGAACUGCCACUGGUUUCGUAGAAGCAUUUAAAGGAAGAAAAAAAAAUCAAAAACACACACUUCCUUCCAGUCGAGCAGAUUCCCUUGCCACUCAGUUGUCGUGUCCGCACGGCACUUUAAGGCCGGGACCCUGGAUGGAGUGAGUGUUGAGCCCCAGUGAGAUGACCGACCAGGGCAACAGCAACCAGAACAUCUCCCGCAACCCCUUUGCUGCCCUCUUCAGCUCACUUGCUGACGCCAAGCAGUUUGCGUCAGGCCAGAAACCGGAACAAUCUGCCGGACCGCCGUUGGAGGACUCAGAAGACAGCCGGUCAGAGUCAGAGAACUCUGUGUCCGACAGCGUCGAUGACAAUGACGACUCUGUGGCGGAGAUCGGCCGCUCCUUCCGGUCCAGGCAGGAGCUCUGUGAGCAGCUCAAUGUCAAUCACAUGAUCCAGAGAGUCUUCCUCAUCACCCUGGACAACAGUGACCCCAGUCUGAGAGGAGGCAACGGGAUCCCCCUCCGCUGUGUUUACCUGGAGGAGAUGGCUCCCGAUCUGGACGGACAGGACUGGCUCGACAUGGACAACAUCGAACAGGCUCUGUUCAACCGUCUGCUGGUACCGGAGCCCGGAAACCACCUGAUCUACAUGACGUCGUGCAGCGCCGUGAACCUGUCCGCUGACCGAGACUCCGGAGAGAAAUGUGUCAUCCCUUACCUCUUCGCCUGCUACCAGAGGGCCAAAGAAGAGGUGUUUGGCUUUUCCUCCAAGACUGUGACGAAGGUACCGGAGAAGUUGCUGUCGUUCGCCGUUCGCUGCAAGAGCCUGACGGUUUCCAACAUGCAGACAGUUCUGCUCACCCCGGAGAUUUUCGUCAGCCAGAAUAUCCACGAACAGCUUCUGGACCUGUUGCUGCAAAGCUUAAACGGAGCGCAGACGGAGGAGGUGGUCGAGUUUGUGGAGGAGGUCGUCGCCGGCCUGCUCUCUGACCAGGAGGUGCGCACCUUCGAGGAGGUGAUGGCACCGGUGUUCGAUAUCUUCCAGGGACGCAUCAAAGACAUGGACCUGUGCCAGCCUCUCCUCUACUCGUACCUGGAUGUUCUGCUCUAUUUCAGCCACCAUAAAGAUAUUGCCAAGGUAUUGGUGGAACACAUUCAACCCAAAGACCCAUCCAAUGGUUUGCAGUACCAGAAAACCCUGCUGGGAACAGUGUUGAGUAUCUCCUGCUUGUUGAAAACGCCAGGUGUGGUGGAGGGACAUGGCUACUUCCUGAACCCCUCCCGCUCCAGCGCCCAGGAGACAAAGGUGCAGGAGGCCAACAUCCACCAGUUCAUGGGUCAGUUUCAUGACAAGCUGCACCAGAUCCUGAAGAAUUUGCUCCAGGGAUCCGGUGAGACGCGCCAUCUGCUGCUCCUGUGGCUGGGCAGCUGUCUGCAGGCGAACGCCGGCCGCGUCAAGAUAUGGGCCAAUCAGAUGCCGGAGAUCUUCUACCAGAUGUACGCCUCGGACGCGUUCUUCUUGAACCUGGGCGCCGCGCUGCUGAAGCUGUGCCAGCCCUUCUGCAAGCCACGGUCACACAAGCUGCUCACCUUCAACCCCACGUACUGCGCCCUCAAAGAGCUGAGCGAGGAGGAGCGGCGCCAUCGCAAUGUGCACGUGACAGGUCUCGACAAGGAAACCUGUCUGAUCCCGGUUCCCCCUCAGCAGCCGGUGGAGUCGGCGCAGUCCUACAGCCUGCUGACUGAAAACCUCAUCCUCACGCAGCUCACCCAGCACCUCGGCUUCCACAGACUCCACGAGCAGAUGGUGAAGAUGAACCAGUCUCUCCACCGGCUCCAGGUGACAUGGCAGGAAUCCCAGCGCACGGGCAACCCCAUGUCCGAGCAGCUCCUGGAGCAGUUUGAGCGCCUGAUGAUCGUGUACCUGUCGACCAAAGCUGCCACCACGCAGCCCGCGAUGCUGCAAUGCUGCCUUAACCUCCAAGCGUCCACGGCCGCCCUGCUGGUUCAGCUCGGUAUGGGGAACCAGGGGCCCGAACAUGUAGCGCUCACUUUCCCCCUGGCCUCCUUACAGAAGACGAUGCUCUGCUACGUACCAGAGUUUUUCGCAGAGAACUUGGGAGAUUUCAUCAUCUUCCUGCGUCGGUUUGCAGACGACGUUUUGGAGAGUUCGGCAGAAAGUCUGGAGCAGAUCCUGAAUUUCAUCACCGUCUUCAUGGGCAACAUAGAGAGGAUGAAGAAUCCUCAUUUAAGAGCGAAGCUUGCCGAGGUCUUGGAGGCGGUGAUGCCCCACAUGGAGACGGUGGCUUCCGGCGCCGCUCAACCACUCGUGUUUCAGCGAGAGCGAGUCUUCUCCUCCUACAGACAUGCGCCUCAGCUGGCUGAGUCCCUCAUCGCCGUGUUUGUAGACAUUGAAUUCACAGGUGAUCCUCAUCAGUUUGAACAGAAAUUCAACUACAGAAGACCCAUGUAUCCCAUCCUCAAGUACAUGUGGGACAAAGAAGCCUACAGAGAGAGUAUCAAGCAUUUGGCGCAAUAUGCAUCUGAGAACCUGGAGGCCAUGAACCCGCCUCUGUUCCUCCGGUUCCUCAACUUACUGAUGAACGACGCCAUCUUUCUCCUGGACGAGGCCAUUCAGUACCUGAGUAAAAUCAAGGUUCAGCAGUUGGAGCGCGACCGAGGAGAGUGGGACGGUCUGGCCCCCGAGGCCCGAAAAGAGAAGGAGUCGAGCCUGCAGAUGUUGGGACAGUUGGGACGCUUCCACAACAUCAUGUCCAACGAGACCAUCGGCACACUGGCCUUCCUCACCUCAGAGAUCAAGGGGAUCUUCGUGCACCCCUUCCUGGCUGAGAGGAUCAUCUCCAUGCUGAAUUACUUCCUGCAGCACCUGGUGGGUCCGAAGAUGGGCGCUCUCAAAGUCAAGGACUUCAGCGAGUUUGACUUCAAGCCCCAGCAGCUUGUGUCUGACAUCUGCACCAUCUACCUGCACCUGGGCGAUGAGGAGAAUUUCUGUGCCACAGUUCCAAAGGACGGACGCUCGUACGCUCCCAUCCUCUUCUCCCAAACGGUGCGGGUACUGAAGAAGAUCAACAAGCCCGGAGACAUGAUCAUGGCUUUUGGACUCAUUGCUGAUAAAAUAAAGUCCCAUGCCGACCGCCAGCAGCAGGAAGAGGAGACGUACGCCGACGCCCCGGAUGAGUUCCUGGACCCCAUCAUGUCCACCCUGAUGCUCGAUCCCGUUCUCCUCCCGUCCUCCAACGUCACAGUGGAUCGCUCAACCAUAGCGAGGCAUCUCCUCAGUGACCAGACGGACCCUUUCAACCGCAGCCCUCUCACCAUGGACCAGAUCAGACCCAACCAGGAACUCAAACAGCAGAUCUUACAGUGGCUGGAUAAACACAAGCAGGAGAGUCUGCCCCCCCCCCCGUGACCCAUUGUGAUAAACACUGACUGCACAUCCCUUUACCGGCUCACGUCUCCAGCUCUCCUCUUGCUUCUUCUCGGCUAAUCCACGGUGUGUGCGCUCUCCUCUGGACUCCUGCAGCCUCGCCGGCUGACGACAACUUCCUCACCGUACCGAUCCGCACAGUAGCAGCCCCGAGGCCCAUGAAUCCCCCUAUGGUAACAUAAGUAGGGUGACACAACCACUGGUUCUUUUUCCUCCCUGAAUACUGUGUAUUGGUUAGUUAUUACAAUCAGAACUGUGGCCAGAAGUAUACUUUUCAACAGGACUUGUUGAAUGUAUACCGUAUGGCUCUAACCACGUUUUAUACUGGACGGUAAGUAUUUCUUGGGAACCUCCUUAAGGCAUAUAACAUUGAUUAUCUGUUCAUUAUUUGACCUAGAUUUCCCCUUUUGAUGAAGAAUACAUUAUGCACUGCUUUGUAAAGUUCUUGAACAUCCUACAUUUCAGCUCUUGUGGUUAAAAUCUCAAGCAGCGUUGUAAAUAAUAUUUGCAAUUAAAGGCACGGCACAGGGAACACCGAGUUUAAUUUGUGUGGGACUUUUUAUUUUAGUGGAAAUAUUUUUUUAUAUUUUAUUUAGCGAUGUUCACAAUCUUGUAAUAAGACACCCCGAAGCACAAAACCAUACUGUCAACACUAUUUGAACGAACACACACACAUCAUCAAGUGCACCUGCUUUAAUGGGGCACUAGUUAAAGUCACUGAUGGGUUUGGAGAGCUUGCUAACUUAAAGGAUUUAAACUGUUUUAGUUCCGACACAUUUUAACCACAGUUUAAUGCAAAAUAUUAAACUAAAGUCCACUUUCAAAUUGCUUGAUAGUUAGGAGGGGGUAUUAAUUAUCACUAUUGUUAUGCUUAUACUAGAAAUUAAUACUAAUUGGCGGUGGUGUGAUGGGCAUCUCGGAAAAGGGAAAAUAAACUAAAUGUUAUAUUAAAGUGUUUCGUCCUUGAAAAAAAAAAAUGUUGCUUACAAUUUGGCUAAUUUGUCCAUUAAAUAGGUCACCGGUUUUAGAAAGCUCCCUUCAAGAGCUACAGAAGACAUAAAGCAGUCGUGUUAGCGGCUGAGUACGAUAAGUAAACCGAUCCUCAUGUUUAAAAUGUGUUCACAAUGACCGCUCCGAGUACAAACAAGAAGACACUAUUUACUUUGUUAGAACUGCAAAAUAACAUGGCGGCUGUUCCUGAAACGUCAAACUGACGAGAUCUGAGGGUACAAAUAAUCAGUGCGGUCACAGACCCGUGCUUCAUAAUACAUCUACAAUGCUUAGUUUGAAUAAAUAUGUAGAGACAUUAACUGAUUUGUUCACUAAGCUUAAUUGUUCGAUGUUUCCAAACUCAAAUAUCUUGGCCGAAAAAAAGGAGCUCGCAAAUAUAUUCUUGCUAAUUUAUUUCCAAUAUGGUUAAAAGAUCAAAACAUGUUCUCAAUUUACUCGUAUCAACUUCUAGUUUUUAUUAUUAUUUUAAGAGAUUUGCAAUGACCACAUUUGUUGUGUUUGAACCAACAACAAAAAGAGCCAAAUGGAUGAUGUUCAAAAACUUUCCGUGUAUACAUACAAUUAAAUUAACAUUCAGCCCAUUAACUGAUGUAUCCUUUGAACUGAUGUGUGUUGUUGUGUGCAAGCGGAGUAUAUUAACACGAUGGCAACCAAAUGAUCGAUAGAAUCGGUGCCUAUAAAACCAAGAGCCUUGUUGUAAAUAUCAACGAAUGAGGAUCUGACUCGUUUCAUACUCUUUACGAGACAUAAUUAUGAGUUUGUUUCUUUAGGCCAUACAGGGAGCCUUGUGUAGAAUAUUAAAGACGGGGGGAAAAGGAUUAACCUGUUUUUGAGUAUAGCUUUUGAAUUAAAUGUUUUUUUUAAAUUCAAAAUAAAGUGGUUGUAUAAAAUGGCAGAAAUGUGAGGGGAUAAAAUUGUGUAUUUGUUGGCAUGCUUUCUCAUACUGUAUGUUGAAUAUCUUACCGCCUGAAUGAUUUCAUGGGUUAAAUUAUAAUUCAAUAUUUUUAUUUUUUAUUGUGAUUAUAAAAUGUUUAUUUUGGAUGUACAGUAUGAAUAAUAAUUUAAAAAAUCUAAACUAA